GCGCAACUACGCAUAACGCAGAACUGAAUUUCUGUUUCCCAAUUUUACCAUUUUUGAAGCUCUCCUUCGUUAGCCUUCUACUUCUGCCAAUGUUUGCCAGUAGCUUCAGCAGUACCAGCCGUUCCUCUUUCUCUCUCCUCAGGAAACGCCAAAAGGAAUCAUUCUCUUCAGCUUCCACUCUCCUUUCCCUCUCCUUCUAGCACUCGACUACAGUUCUGAUUUUCCCCUUUUUUAUGGUAGUUUGUGUUUUGCCAGAAGCUUCAUCAUCAUGUCCAUGGUUCACCCUUCAAUUCACCCAAUUGAAGCCCCGCCGCUCACAGAUAAUGCUUUGCCUAGGGCAAGGAUGAAAGACGUACAGGGCAUGCCGGGCACAUUGGGAGGUCUUGCCUUGCGCUUGCUUCAGUUUGUUUUCGCUGCCCUUGCCCUGGUUGUCAUGGCCACCACCAGCGAUUUCCCUUCUGUCACCGCUUUCCGCUACCUAGUUGCUGCUGUGAGCUUGCAAAGCUUGUGGAGCCUCACUCUAGCGAUUGCUGAUGUAUAUGCCAUUUUAGUGCAGCGUAGCUUCCGAAAUUCCAGAAUUGUCAGCUUAUUCUCUAUUGGUGAUGGAAUUACUUCAACACUCACUUUUGCUGCCUCGUGUGCUUCUGCUGGUAUCACAGUCCUUAUUGGUAACGAUCUGAAUGAUUGUGCACAGAAUCACUGCAGCAGGUUUGAGAUAGCAACAGCCAUGGCAUUUAUGAGUUGGUUUGCUGCUUCCCCUUCCUUUCUUUUGAAUUUCUGGACACUGGCUGCCAAGUAGUAGGUGGCUUUUGCAUGUAUUUAUGGUAUGAACUGUGUGUAAUGAUUGGCCAUAUGUAUAAUUCACAUUCCUGGCCCUCAUCGAUCCCUUGAACUAUAGCCUCUGUUCGAUUCAAUACAUGUGAACUUGAAAA